AUGGGUGAUUCUAGUGUUGAACUGCAAAUUGAUGGAAAAGUAAUUAAAGUUCAAAUAUGGGAUACAGCUGGUCAAGAACGAUUCAAAGGAAUUACAAAGGCUUAUUAUCGUUAUGCAUUAGGUGCUCUACUCGUAUAUGACAUAAUGAAAGCAUCAACAUUUCAAAAUGUUGACCAAUGGUACAAUGAGAUAAGAUCCAAUGUGGAUAUGGACUGUCGUAUUACAUUGGUGGGAAAUAAAUUCGAUCAACAACAUAUUCGAGCUGUUUCAUCAAACGAUGCUAAACAAUUUGCUGAUGAAAGAAAUAUGCAGUAUAUUGAAACAUCAGCUUUGGAUUCUACGAAUGUUGAACAGGCUUUUCAAAAUCUUAUUGUUGAUAUUUGUCAACACUGGAUACCUCCAUCCUACUCAUUACCAAAACUCGAUUCACCACCUAAGCGUCGAUGUUGUUUCUCAUGA